CGCCUCCGCGCGCGGGGGCCCGGCCACUUGGAGCAGCUCUGCCGCGGGGACUGCACUGUCUGCCCUGCCAGACCCGCCCCGACUGGGGCUCGCCGUCGCCAGCAGUCUCAGCACUGCGACCUCGGGCCCUACGCUGGCUAUGGCUGUGUCCCAGGGCUGAGCCCGCAGGUUGUGUGACCGAGAUUCCCAACAAGAGAGAGACUGGCACAGGAAGAGAAGGAGGAGGGGCGGGCUCCUGGCAAGGCGUUUUCUUCUGAAUAGAGUCCUGCAAAGAUGGAGAAGGAGGAGGAGACAACACGGGAGCUACUGCUGCCUAACUGGCAGGGAAGUGGCUCCCACGGGCUCACCAUUGCCCAGAGGGACGAUGGAGUCUUUGUACAGGAGGUGGUGCAGAACUCCCCCGCGGCUCGCACCGGGGUGGUCAAGGAGGGGGACCAGAUCGUGGGUGCCACCAUCUACUUUGACAACCUGCAAUCUGGUGAGGUGACCCAUCUGUUAAACACCAUGGGGCAUCACACUGUUGGCUUGAAACUGCACCGGAAGGGGGACCGUUCCCCCGAGCCUGGACAGACCUGGACCCAGGACGUCUUCAGCUCCCGUGGCUCUGAAGUCGUUCUGAGCGGGGCUGAUGAGGACUACCAGCGCAUCUACACCACAAAGAUCAAGCCACGCCUGAGGUCAGAGGAUGGAGUAGAGGGGGACCUUGGGGAGACCCAGAGCCGUACCAUCACAGUGACCAGAAGGGUCACAGCCUACACUGUGGAUGUGACCGGUCGAGAAGGGGUGAAGGACAUUGACAUCAGCAGCCCCGAGUUCAUGAUCAAGAUACCAAGACAUGAAGUGACUGAAAUCUCCAACAGAGACGUGGAAACCCAGUCUGGGAAGACAGUGAUCAGACUGCCUUCAGGAUCUGGGGCAGCCUCUCCAGCCGCAGGCUCUGCCGUGGAUAUCCGGGCAGGUGCCAUUUCUGCUUCAGGGCCAGAGUUCGAAGGUGCCGGGCACUCAAAUUUCCAGGUCACUGUGCCUGGGAUAAAGGUGGGAAGCCCGGGCGUGAAUGUCAAAGCAAAAGGCUUGGACUUGGGUGGCAAAGGAGGGAACCAAGUUCCAGGAGUGGACAUCUCGUCUUCUCUUGGGGCUGGCUCAGUAGAGGUACGGGGUCCCUCCCUCCAGAGUGGCGACAUUGGGAAAAUUAAAAUUCCUACCAUGAAGAUGCCAAAAUUUGGUGUCUCAGCAGGCCCAGAGGGACAGAUACCAGAGGCAGGGAUGAAUGUUUCUGCACCUGAGUUCUCUGUGGGGCACAAGGGUGAGAAGCUAGGCUUGACCAUGGCUGAGAACAUCCAGGCCCCUCAUCUGGAAGUCAGUACCUCCUCUGUCAAUACUGAGGGGCUUGAAGGGAAGCUAAAGGGUCCCCAGAUCACUGGGCCGUCAUCACUUGAGGGUGACUUAGGCUUGAAAGGUACCAAGCUGCAAGGGAGCAUAGGAAUAGAUGCCUGUGCUUCUAAAAUCAAGGGCGACAUCACUGGUCCCAGUGUGGAAAUUCAAAGCCCUGAUGUUGAUGUUCAUGGGCUAGGGGGCAAACUCAACGUGCCCAAGAUGAAAGUCCCUAAGUUCUGUGCAUCGGGUUCAAAGGGAGAGGGGGUCGGCAUUGAUGUGGCACUGCCUGCAGGUGAAGUGACCCUUCCUGGGGUCUCUGGGGAAGUCAGUGUGCCUGAGAUUGCUACUGGUGGGCUAGAAGGGAAGAUGAAGGGUGCUAAAGUCAAGACUCCUGAAAUGAUUGUCCAGAAACCUAAACUCUCCAUGCAGGAUGUGGAUCUGAGCCUCGGGUCCUGUAAACUGAAAGGCGACAUGAAGGUGUCUGUUCCUGAGAUGAAAGGUGAUGUUAAAGGCCCUCAGGUGUCAGUUAAAGGUUCCAGGGUGGACAUAGAGACACCAGACUUAGAGGGGCCCUUGACAAGCCCCAAGCUCAGCAGCCCUUCUGGAAAAAUAGGGGCCUGUAGGAUUUCUAUGGCAGAUGUAGACUUAAAUGUAGCUGCACCGAAAGUGAAAGGGGGUGUAGAUGUCAUGCUCCCCAAAGUAGAAGGGAAAGCCAAAGUCCCCGAUGUUGACAUCAAAGGCCCCAAAAUGGAUAUCAGUGCUCCAGACGUGGAAGUUCAUGGCCCAGAAUGGAACUUGAAAACGCCCAAGAUGAAGAUGCCUAAGUUCAAUGUCCCAGGAGACAAAGGAGAGGGCCCAGAUGUAGAUGUGACUCUACCUAAAGGAGCUAUCAGUAUUUCAGGGCCUAAGGUCAAUGUAGAAGCCCCAGAUAUCAACAUAGAGGGUCUGGGUGGCAAACUUGAAGGUCCUGAUGUUACUCUGCCUGACCUAAGUGUUAAGACGCCAAAGAUUUCUAUGCCUGAUGUGGACCUGCACAUCAAAGGUGCAAAGGUGAAGGGAGAGUUUGACGUAGCAACACCAAAGCUUGAGGGAGAACUGAAAGGCCCCAAAGUGGACAUUGAUACCCCAGAAGUGGAUGCUCAUGGCCUAGACUUGAAGAUACCCAAGAUGAAAGUGCCCAAGUUUAGUGUGCCAGGGUUCAAAGCAGAAGGCCCAGAAGUGGAUGUGAGCCUGCCAAACGCAGGUAUGGACGUUUCUAGCCCUAAGGUGGAGGUCAGUGGUCCAGAUGUUAGCAUUGAAGGACCAGAAGGGAAGUUGAAAGGACAUAAGUUUAAGAUGCCUGAGAUGAACAUCAGAGCGCCAAAGAUUUCCAUGCCAGAUGUGGACUUACACUUAAAAGGCCCCAGUGUAAAGGGACAAUAUGAUGUCACAGUGCCGGGGCAUGAAGGUGAGAUUAAAGUUCCUGAUGUUGAACUUAAAAGUGCUAAAGUGGACAUUGAUGUCCCAAAUGUGGAUGUCCAAGGUCCCGAAUGGCACAUGAAGAUGCCCAAGAUGAAAAUGCCUAAGUUCGGCAUGCCAGGCGUCAAGGCAGAGAGCCCAGAAAUGGAGGUGAACCUUCCUAAGGCUGACAUUGAUGUCUCAGGACCCAAGGUGGGUGCCAAAGCUCCAGAUGUGAGCAUCGAAGGACCUGAGGGAAAGCUGAAAGGUCCUAAGCUGAAGAUGCCUGAGAUGAACAUCAAAGCCCCCAAGAUCUCCAUGCCUGAUGUAGAUUUGCACAUGAAAGGCCCCAAAGUAAAAGGAGAGUAUGGUGUCACAGUGCCAAAGCUGGAAGGAGACCUGAAAGGCCCCAAAGUAGAUGUCAGCGCCCCAGAUGUUGACAUUCAUGGUCCUGACUGGAGCUUGAAAAUGCCAAAGAUUAAAAUGCCCAAAUUCAGCAUGCCUAGUCUCAAAGGAGAAGGCCCAGAGUUGGAUGUGAACUUGCCCAAGGCUGAUGUGGAUGUUUCUGUACCAAAGCUAGAUAUUAGUGCCCCAGACUUGAACCUCGAGGGAAUGGAAGGGAAGUUGAAAGGCCCCAAGUUUAAGAUGACUGAGAUGCAUUUUAAGGCUCCAAAAGUGUCCCUACCAGAUGUGGACCUGGAUAUCAAAGGACCCAAAGUGAAGGGAAAUCUAGACAUGUCUGCACCAAAAAUAGAGGGAGAGAUGAAAGUUCCAGAUGUGGACAUUAAAGGUCCGAAUGUAGAUAUUAAAGUGCCGGAUGUGGAAGGUCAAGGCCCAGACUGGAGCUUGAAAAUGCCGAAGAUGAAAAUGCCCAAGUUUAGCAUGCCUUCUCUCAAAGGUGAGGGCCCAGAUGUGGACAUGAGCCUGCCUAAGGCUAACAUUGAUGUUUCAGGACCUAAAGUUGACAUCGAAACCUCAGAUGUGAGCCUUGAGGGCCCAGAAGGGAAGCUGAGAGGCCCCAAGUUCAAGAUGCCUGAGAUGCACUUCAAAGCCCCUAAGGUCUCCAUGCCUGAUGUGGACUUAAAUUUGAAAGGUCCCAAAGUCAAGGGAGACAUGGAAGUGACAGUACCUAAGGUAGAAGGUGAAAUGAAAAUUCCAGAUGUGGACAUUAAAGGGCCCAAAGUGGACAUUGACGCUCCAGAUGUUGAAGUUCAUGGACCAGACUGGCACCUGAAAAUGCCCAAGAUGAAAAUGCCCAAGUUCAGCAUGCCUGGCUUCAAAGCAGAGGGUCCAGACGUAGAUGUGAACCUACCCAAGGCUGACAUUGAUGUCUCAGGACCCAAAGUGGACAUUGAGGCCCCAGAUGUGAGCAUCGAGGGACCAGAAGGGAAGCUGAAGGGCCCCAAGUUUAAGAUGCCUGAGAUGCACUUCAAAGCCCCUAAGGUCUCCAUGCCUGAUGUGGACUUAAAUAUUAAAGGGCCCAAAGGAAAAGCAGAUGUAGAUGUAUCAUUGCCUGAGGUAGAGGGCAAAGUAAAAGUGCCAGAUGUGGACAUUAAAGGACCCAAGGUUGACAUUGACGCUCCAGAUGUUGAAGUUCAUGGCCCAGACUGGCACCUGAAGAUGCCUAAAAUGAAAAUGCCCAAGUUCAGCAUGCCUGGCUUCAAAGCAGAGGGCCCCGAAAUGGAUGUGAACCUACCCAAGGCUGACAUUGAUGUCUCAGGACCCAACGUGGACGUUGAUGUUCCACAUGUGAAUCUUGAGGGUCCAGAUGCAAAACUAAAAGGCCUGAAAUUUAAGAUGCCAGAAAUGAAUAUAAAACCUCAGAAGAUCUCCAUGCCAGAUGUUAGCUUGAACUUGAAAGGCCCUAAAGUAAAAGGAGACUAUGAUGUGUCAGUUCCAAAAGUGGGAGGGGAAAUAAAAGCCCCUGUUGUUGACAUCAAAGGCCCCAAAGUAGAGGCACCAGAUGUUGAAGUUCAUGGCCCAGACUGGCACCUGAAGAUGCCCAAGGUGAAAAUGCCCAAGUUCAGCAUGCCUGGUUUCAAAGGAGAGGGUCCGGAAGUGGAUGUGAACCUACCCAAGGCUGACAUUGAUGUCUCAGGACCCAAAGUGGACAUUGAUACUCCUGACUUGGAUAUUGAAGGACCAGAAGGAAAACUGAAAGGCUCCAAAUUUAAGAUGCCCAAGUUGAAUAUCAAGGCUCCCAAGAUCUCCAUGCCAGAUGUGGACUUGAAUUUAAAGGGGCCCAAACUGAAAGGAGAGAUAGAUGCUUCUGUGCCAGAAGUACAAGCUGAUCUCAGAGGUCCUCAAGUUGAUGUUAAAGGCCCCAACAUGGAUGUGACAGUGCCAGAUGUUGACCUGGAAUGUCCGGAUGCAAAGUUGAAAGGCCCCAAGUUCAAGAUGCCAGAGAUGCACUUCAAGGCCCCUAAGAUCUCCAUGCCUGAUGUGGACUUGCACUUGAAAGGCCCUAAAGUCAAGGGGGACAUGGACGUGACAGUACCCAAGAUAGAAGGUGAAGUGAAAGCUGAUAUUGAUGUCUCAGGACCCAAAGUGGACAUUGAGGUUCCUGAUGUGAGCAUUGAAGGACCAGAAGGGAAACUAAAGGGCCCCAAGUUCAAGAUGCCUGAUAUGCAUUUCAAGGCCCCCAAGAUCUCCAUGCCUGAUGUAGACUUACACUUGAAAAGCCCUAAAGUAAAAGGUGACAUGGAUGUGACAGUUCCCAAACUGGAAGGAGAUUUGAAAGGCUCUAGUAUAGAUGUAGAGAUGCCAGAUGUUGACCUGGAAUGUCCGGAUGCAAAGUUGAAGGGCCCCAAGUUCAAGAUGCCGGAGAUGCACUUCAAGACCCCUAAGAUCUCCAUGCCUGAUGUGGACUUACACUUGAAAGGCCCCAAAGUCAAGGGGGACAUGGACGUGACUGUGCCAAAAUUAGAGGGAGAAUUAAAAGGCCCCAGUGUGGAUGUGGAAGUACCAGAUGUUGACCUGGAAUGUCCGGAUGCAAAGUUGAAGGGCCCUAAGUUCAAGAUGCCUGAGAUGCACUUCAAGGCCCCUAAGAUCUCCAUGCCUGAUGUGGACUUACACUUGAGAGGCCCCAAAGUCAAGGGGGACAUGGACGUGACAGUACCCAAGAUAGAAGGUGAAGUGAAAGUGCCAGAUGUGGACAUCAAAGGCCCCAAAGUGGACAUUAAUACCCCAGAUGUGGAUGUUCAUGGCCCAGACUGGCAUCUGAAGAUGCCCAAGAUGAAAAUGCCCAAGUUCAGCAUGCCUGGCUUCAAAGGAGAGGGCCCAGAAGUGGAUGUAAACUUGCCCAAGGCUGACAUUGAUGUCUCAGGACCCAAGGUGGAUGUUGAGGUUCCUGAUGUGAGCAUUGAAGGACCAGAAGGGAAACUGAAAGGCCCCAAGUUUAAGAUGCCUGAUAUGCACUUCAAGGCCCCCAAGAUCUCCAUGCCCGAUGUUGAUUUCAACUUAAAGGGUCCUAAAAUCAAAGGAGAUAUUGAUGUUUCGGUCCCAAAGCUUGAGGGAGAAGUAAAGAGUCCAGAACUGGAUAUCAAAGGCCCCAAAUUAGAUGCUGACAUACCAGAAGUUGCUGUGGAAGGCCCAGAAGGCAAAUGGAAAAGCCCCAAGUUCAAGAUGCCAGACAUGCACUUUAAAACUCCCAAAAUCUCCAUGCCAGACAUUGAUCUUCACCUAAAGAGUCCAAAGAUAAAGGGAGAGGUGGAUGUAGAUGUUCCCAAAUUGGAAGGAGACCUUAAAGGACCAAAUGUGAAUGUGAGAGGGCCAGACAUUGAGAUUGAAGGACCAGAGGGCAAAUUGAAAGGACCUAAGUUCAAGAUGCCUGAGAUGAACAUCAAGGCACCCAAGAUCUCUAUGCCUGACUUAGACUUACAUCUUAAAGGUCCUAAAGUGAAGGGUGAUGUGGAUGUUUCCCUGCCCAAAGUGGAAGGUGACCUCAAAGGGCCAGAGGUUGACAUCAAAGGCCCCAAAGUAGAUCUCAGUGCUCCAGAUGUGGAUGUUCAUGGCCCAGACUGGCACCUGAAGAUGCCCAAGAUGAAAAUGCCCAAGUUCAGCAUGCCUGGCUUCAAAGCAGAGAGCCCUGAAGUGGAUGUGAACCUACCCAAGGCUGACAUUGAUGUCUCAGGACCCAAAGUGGACAUUGAGGUUCCAGAUGUGAAUCUUGAGGGUCCAGAUGCAAAACUGAAGGGUCCCAAGUUCAAGAUGCCUGAGAUGAACAUCAAAGCGCCCAAGAUCUCCAUGCCUGACAUUGAUCUGCAUCUGAAAGGUCCAAAAUUGAAAGGUGAUGUGGACGUGUCUCUGCCCAAAGUGGAAGGUGAUUUCAAAGGCCCAGAAGUGGAUAUUACAGGCCCCAAAGUGGACAUUGAGGUUCCUGAUGUCAGCAUUGAGGGGCCAGAAGGGAAGUUGAAAGGCCCUAAAUUCAAGAUGCCUGAGAUGAACAUCAAAGCUCCCAAGAUCUCCAUGCCUGACAUUGGCUUAAACCUGAAAGGCCCCAAAGUGAAGGGUGAUGUGGAUGUGUCUCUGCCCAAAGUGGAAGGUGAGAUUAAAGUGCCUGAAGUGGACAUCAAAGGCCCCAAAGUGGAACUCAGUGCUCCAGAUGUGGAUGUUCAUGGCCCAGACUGGCACCUGAAGAUGCCCAAGGUGAAAAUGCCCAAGUUCAGCAUGCCUGGCUUCAAAGGAGAGGGUCCUGAAGUGGAUGUGAACCUACCCAAGGCUGACAUUGAUGUCUCAGGACCCAAAGUGGACAUUGAGGUUCCAGAUGUCAGCAUUGAGGGGCCAGAAGGGAAGUUGAAAGGCCCUAAAUUCAAGAUGCCUGAGAUGAACAUCAAAGCUCCCAAGAUCUCCAUGCCUGACAUUGAUCUUAACCUGAAAGGCCCCAAAGUGAAGGGUGAUGUGGACGUGUCUCUGCCCAAAGUGGAAGGUGAGAUUAAAGUUCCUGAAGUGGACAUCAAAGGCCCCAAAGUGGACAUUGACGCUCCAGAUGUGGAUGUUCAUGGCCCAGACUGGCACCUGAAGAUGCCCAAGGUGAAAAUGCCCAAGUUCAGCAUGCCUGGCUUCAAAGCAGAGGGCCCUGAAGUGGAUGUGAACCUACCCAAGGCUGACAUUGAUGUCUCAGGACCCAAAAUGGACAUUGAGGUUCCAGAUGUGAAUCUUGAAGGUCCAGAUGCAAAACUGAAGGGUCCUAAGUUCAAGAUGCCAGAGAUGAACAUCAAGGCUCCUAAGAUCACAAUGCCUGACUUGGACCUAAAUAUUAAAGGCCCCAAAGUGAAAGGAGAUGUGGAUGUUUCACUUCCAAAUGUAGAGGGUGAUUUGAAAGAGCCUUCUCUUGACAUAAAGGGCCCCAAAUUAGAUGUCAGUGCUCCAGAUAUUGACAUUCAUGGUCCUGAGGGCAAAUUGAAAGGUCCUAAACUGAAAAUGCCUGACAUGCAUGUAAACAUGCCCAAGAUCUCUAUGCCAGAAAUCGACUUGAAUUUGAAGGGCUCAAAGCUCAAGGGAGAUGUUGAUAUCUCUGGACCCAAGUUGGAGGGUGACAUUAAAACUCCCAAGUUAGAGGUGAAGGUCCCAGAAGUGGACAUUUCUGCUCCUAAGGUCAAUAUUGAUGGGAAAUCAAAGAAAUCUCGUUUUAAGCUUCCUAAAUUUAAUUUUUCUGGGUCCAAAGUUCAGACACCUGAAGUGGAUGUCAAAGUUAAGAAGCCAGAUGUUGAUGUAACAGCUCCAAAAGUUGAUAUUAGUGCUCCAGAAGUUGAAGUCCAAGGGAAAGUGAAAGGAACAAAGUUCAAAAUGCCUUUCCUGAGCAUUUCAUCUCCCAAAGUCUCCAUGCCUGAUGUGGAGCUAAACUUGAAAGGCCCUAAAGUCAAAGGAGACUUAGAUGUAGCAGGCCCAAAUUUAGAAGGAGACUUUAAAGGUCCCAAAGUGGAUAUUAAAGCACCAGAAGUGCAUCUUAAUGCACCUGAUGUGGACGUUCAUGGUCCAGAGUGGAAUCUGAAGAUGCCCAAGAUGAAAAUGCCCAAGUUCAGUGUGUCUGGAUUGAAAGCGGAGGGGCCUGAUGUGGACUUGCCAAAGGGAGAAAUCAAUAUAGAAGGUCCAAGUAUGAAUAUUGAGGGCACAGAACUCAAUGUAGAAUGUCCAGAGGGAAGCAUAAAAGGCCCUAAAUUCAAGAUGCCAGAGAUGAACAUCAAAGCUCCCAAGAUCUCUAUGCCUGACAUUGACUUUAACCUAAAAGGCCCAAAAGUGAAGGGUGAUGUAGAUGUUUCUAUUCCCAAAUUAGAAGGGGAUAUUAAAGGACCAGAGGUUGACAUCAAAGGCCCUAAAGUGGACAUUGACGCUCCAGAUGUUGAUGUUCAUGGCCCAGACUGGCACCUGAAGAUGCCCAAGGUGAAAAUGCCCAAGUUCAGCAUGCCUGGCUUCAAAGGAGAGGGCCCUGAAGUGGAUGUGAACCUACCCAAGGCUGACAUUGAUGUCUCAGGACCCAAAGUGGACAUUGAGGUUCCAGAUGUGAAUCUUGAGGGUCCAGAUGCAAAACUGAAGGGUCCCAAGUUCAAGAUGCCUGAGAUGAACAUCAAAGCGCCCAAGAUCUCCAUGCCUGACAUUGAUCUGCAUCUGAAAGGUCCAAAAUUGAAAGGUGAUGUGGACGUGUCUCUGCCCAAAGUGGAAGGUGACUUCAAAGGCCCAGAAGUGGAUAUUACAGGCCCCAAAGUGGACAUUGAGGUUCCUGAUGUCAGCAUUGAGGGGCCAGAAGGGAAGUUGAAAGGCCCUAAAUUCAAGAUGCCUGAGAUGAACAUCAAAGCUCCCAAGAUCUCCAUGCCUGACAUUGGCUUAAACCUGAAAGGCCCCAAAGUGAAAGGUGAUGUGGACGUGUCUCUGCCCAAAGUGGAAGGUGAGAUUAAAGUGCCUGAAGUGGACAUCAAAGGCCCCAAAGUGGACAUUGACGCUCCAGAUGUGGAUGUUCAUGGCCCAGACUGGCACCUGAAGAUGCCCAAGGUGAAAAUGCCCAAGUUCAGCAUGCCUGGUUUCAAAGGAGAGGGUCCUGAAGUGGAUGUGAACCUACCCAAGGCUGACAUUGAUGUCUCAGGACCCAAAGUGGACAUUGAAGUUCCAGAUGUGAGUAUUGAAGGUCCAGAUGCAAAACUGAAGGGUCCUAAGUUCAAGAUGCCAGAGAUGAACAUCAAAGCGCCCAAGAUCUCCAUGCCUGACAUUGAUCUUAACCUGAAAGGCCCCAAAGUGAAGGGUGAUGUGGACGUGUCUCUGCCCAAAGUGGAAGGUGAGAUUAAAGUUCCUGAAGUGGACAUCAAAGGCCCCAAAGUGGACAUUGACGCUCCAGAUGUUGAUGUUCAUGGUCCUGAUUGGCACCUGAAGAUGCCCAAAAUAAAAAUGCCCAAGUUCAGCAUGCCUGGCUUCAAAGGAGAGGGCCCUGAAGUGGAUGUGAACCUACCCAAGGCUGACAUUGAUGUCUCAGGACCCAAAGUGGACAUUGAGGCCCCAGAUGUGAAUCUUGAAGGUCCAGAUGCAAAACUGAAGGGUCCCAAGUUCAAGAUGCCAGAGAUGAACAUCAAAGCUCCCAAGAUCUCCAUGCCUGAUUUGCAUCUUAAAGGCCCCAAAGUGAAGGGUGAUGUGGACGUGUCACUGCCCAAAGUGGAAGGUGACCUGAAAGGGCCAGAGGUUGACAUCAAAGGCCCCAAAAUAGACAUCAAUGCCCCAGAUGUGGAUGUUCAUGGUCCUGACUGGCACCUGAAGAUGCCCAAAGUAAAAAUGCCUAAGUUCAGCAUGCCUGGCUUCAAAGGAGACGGUCCUGAAGUGGAUGCUAAUUUGCCUAAAGCUGACAUUAGUGUCUCUGGCCCCAAGGUGGACAUCGACACUCCUGACAUUGACAUUCAUGGGCCAGAAGGGAAACUGAAGGGCCCCAAGUUUAAAAUGCCUGAUCUCCACCUUAAGGCACCCAAGAUCUCAAUGCCAGACAUUGAUUUAAAUCUGAAAGGCCCAAAAGUGAAGGGUGAUGUGGAUGUGUCUCUGCCCAAAGUGGAAGGAGACAUCAAAGGGCCAGAUGUGGACAUCAAAGGCCCUAAAGUGGACAUCAAUGCCCCAGAUGUGGAUGUUCAUGGUCCAGACUGGCACCUGAAGAUGCCCAAGGUGAAAAUGCCCAAGUUCAGCAUGCCUGGCUUCAAAGGAGAGGGCCCUGAAGUGGAUGUGAACCUACCCAAGGCUGACAUUGAUGUCUCAGGACCCAAAGUGGACAUUGAGGUUCCAGAUGUGAAUCUUGAAGGUCCAGAUGCAAAACUGAAGGGUCCCAAGUUCAAGAUGCCUGAGAUGAACAUCAAAGCGCCCAAGAUCUCCAUGCCUGACAUUGAUCUGCAUCUGAAAGGUCCAAAAUUGAAAGGUGAUGUGGACGUGUCUCUGCCCAAAGUGGAAGGUGACUUCAAAGGCCCAGAGGUGGAUAUUACAGGCCCCAAAGUGGACAUUGACGCUCCAGAUGUGGAUGUUCAUGGUCCUGAUUGGCACCUGAAGAUGCCCAAGAUGAAAAUGCCCAAGUUCAGCAUGCCUGGCUUCAAAGCAGAGGGCCCUGAAGUGGAUGUGAACCUACCCAAGGCUGACAUUGAUGUCUCAGGACCCAAAGUGGACAUUGAGGUUCCAGAUGUGGAUGUUGGCAUGUCAAGUGUGAAAGCGAAGGGUCCCAAAUUUAAGAUGCCUGAGAUGAACAUCAAAGCACCUAAAAUCUCUAUGCCUGACUUUGAUUUGCAUCUUAAGGGUCCUAAGGUGAAGGGAGAUGUGGAUGCCUCCCUGCCUAAAAUGGAAGGUGAACUAAAGGGCUCUGGUAUUGACAUCAAGGGCCCCAGUGUGGAUAUUGACACUCCUGAUGUCAAUAUUGAAGGUCCAGAAGGAAAAUUAAAAGGACCCAAAUUUAAAAUGCCAGACAUGCACAUCAAAGCUCCCAAGAUUUCCAUGCCUGACUUUGACUUAAACCUUAAAGGGCCUAAGGUAAAAGGAGAUGUGGAUAUUGCACUCCCUAAGGUUGAAGGUGAUCUCAAAGGGCCAGAGAUAGACAUUGAGGGUCCUGAAGGAAAACUAAAAGGUCCCAAAUUUAAGGUGCCAGAUGUCCAUUUCAAAACUCCACAAAUCUCAAUGAGUGACAUUGAUUUGAACAUGAAAGGACCCAAGGUAAAGGGAGAUUUGGACAUCUCUAUUCCUAAACUAGAAGGAGAUUUGAAAGGUCCCAAAGUGGAUGUGAAAGGCCCUAAAUUGGACAUCGACACUCCUGACAUUGACAUUCAUGGGCCAGAAGGGAAACUGAAGGGCCCCAAGUUUAAAAUGCCUGAUCUCCACCUUAAGGCACCCAAGAUCUCAAUGCCAGAGGUUGACUUAAAUCUCAAAGGGCCAAAAGUGAAGGGUGAUUUAGAUGUUUCUCUGCCAAAAGUGGAAGGUGACCUCAAAGGCCCUGAAAUUGACAUUAAAGGCCCUAAAGUGGACAUUAAUGCCCCAGAUGUGGAUGUUCAUGGCCCAGACUGGCACCUGAAGAUGCCCAAGGUGAAAAUGCCCAAGUUCAGCAUGCCUGGCUUCAAAGGAGAGGGCCCUGAAGUGGAUGUGAACCUACCCAAGGCUGACAUUGAUGUCUCAGGACCCAAAGUGGACAUUGAGGUUCCAGAUGUGAAUCUUGAGGGUCCAGAUAUGAAAUUGAAAGGCCCUAAAUUCAAGAUGCCUGAGAUGAACAUCAAAGCUCCCAAGAUCUCCAUGCCUGACAUUGGCUUAAACCUGAAAGGCCCCAAAGUGAAGGGUGAUGUGGACGUGUCUCUGCCCAAAGUGGAAGGUGAGAUUAAAGUGCCUGAAGUGGACAUCAAAGGCCCCAAAGUGGACAUUGACGCUCCAGAUGUGGAUGUUCAUGGCCCAGACUGGCACCUGAAGAUGCCCAAGGUGAAAAUGCCCAAGUUCAGCAUGCCUGGCUUCAAAGCAGAGGGCCCUGAAGUGGAUGUGAACCUACCCAAGGCUGACAUUGAUGUCUCAGGACCCAAAAUGGACAUUGAGGUUCCAGAUGUGAAUCUUGAGGGUCCAGAUAUGAAAGUGAAGGGUCCUAAGUUCAAGAUGCCUGAGAUGAACAUCAAGGCUCCCAAGAUCUCCGUGCCGGGUGUUGAUCUCGAGCUAAAAGGCCCCAAAGUAAAAGGAGAUUUUGAUGGGUCUGUUCCUAAGAUUGAAGGUACUCUCAAGGGACCUGAGAUAGACCUGAAAGGUUCUGGUUUGGAUUUUGAAGGCCCUGAUGCUAAACUUAGUGGCCCUAACUUGAAGAUGCCAUCCCUGGAUGUAUCUGCUCCUGAUGUUAAUCUGCAUAUCAAGGCACCAAAAAUUGGAGUUUCUGGGCCUAAGUUAGGAGGUGGUGAAGUGGACCUCAAGGGGCCCAAAGUGGAUUUGGACACUCCAAGCUUAGAUGUCCACAUGGAGAGCCCAGAUAUUAAUAUUGAGGGGCCAGAUGUUAAAGUACCAAAGUUUAAGAAACCCAAGUUUGGAUUUGGUGCAAAAGGCCCCAAAGUUGAUAUCAAGACACCCUCAGUUGAUGUGACUGUCCCUGAAGCAGAGCUGAGUGUUGAGACUCCUGAAGUAAACAUAGGUGGCAAGGGCAAGAAAAGCAAGUUCAAAAUGCCUAAAAUUCACAUGAGCGGCCCUAAAGUUAAAGCCAAGAAACAGGGAUUUGAUUUGAAUGUUCCUGGAGGUGAGCUUGAGGCCAAUCUCAAGACCCCUGACGUGGAUGUCAGUGUUUCAGGGCCUGACGCUGCACUCAAAGCUGACGUAAAAUCUCCCAAAGUCAAGAAAACUAUGUUUGGAAAGAUGUACUUCCCAGAUGUGGAAUUUGACAUCAAGUCACCUAAAUUUAAAGCAGAGGCUCCCCUACCUAGCCCCAAGCUGGAAGGUGAGAUCAAGGCACCUGGUGUGGAUAUGUCUUCACCAGGGGUUCACGUGGAAGCACCUGAUAUCCAUGUGAAGGCUCCCAAGUUCAAGGUUCCAGGUGUGGACGUCUCGGUGCCAAAGAUAGAGGGCAACUUGAAAGGUCCCACAGUGCAGGCAAACUUGGACACACCUGACGUCAACAUUGAAGGCCCCGAUGCUAAAAUCAAAGCACCCUCCUUUAGUGUUUCUGCUCCUCAAGUCUCCAUACCCGAUGUGAAUGUCAAGUUGAAAGGACCAAAGGUAAAGGGUGAGGUUCCCAGCGCGGAACUGAAAGGACCUGAUGCUGAUCUGCAAGGUCCAGAAGGAAAAAUCAAGUUCCCUAAAUUCUCAUUGCCCAAGAUCAGUGCUCCUGGAGUGAAGAUGGAAGGUGAGGGCACUGAGAUCUCUGCCCAGAUUCCCUCUCUUGAAGGAGGCCUGAGCACAUCAGAUGUUAAGUUUGAAGGGCCUGAUAUUUCUGUAAAAGGCCCAGGAGUGGACUUGCCUUCAGUGGACAUCUCUAUGCCUAAACUUUCUGGGCCUGACCUUGACCUGAACUUGAAAGGACCAAGUUUGAAGGGAGACCUGGAAGCAUCCAGUCCCAGCAUGAAGCUACACGCUCCAGGUCUUGACCUCAAAGGUGUUGGUGGAAAAGUACAGAUAGGAGGAGAUGGUGUGAACGUGUCAGGGAUUGAUGCCACAACAGCACUUCAUGUGGGGGCACCAGAUGUGACACUGAAGGGACCAAGCCUACAGGGAGACUUGGCUGUGUCUGGGGACAUCAAGUGCCCUAAAAUUUCUGUGGGUACUCCUGAUCUCAGCUUAGAGGCCUCAGAAGGUGGUGUCAAACUUCCCCGCAUGAAGCUGCCUCAGUUUGGUGUUUCCACUCCGGGGUCUGACUUGGACAUGAACAUCAAGGGGCCACAAGUUUGUGGAGAACUAAAGGGGCCAGGGAUGGAUGUGAACCUGACAGGGCCUCAGACCUCCACGCCAAGCAUGGACUUUAACUUGGAAGGACCAAAAGUGAAGGGGAGCCUCGGGGCCGCUGUGGGAGGUCUUCCAGGCAUCAGCGUUCAAGGCCUAGAAGGAAGCCUUCAAAUGCCCGGGGUUAAGGCUUCUGGGUGUGGUGUGAAACUCCCAACAGGGCAGAUUUCUGGUCCUGAAAUUCAAGGAGAUCUGAAAGGUUCUGGAAUAGAUCUCCAUGGGGCUGUCCCCGAUAUCAGCAUUAAGGGACCUUCCUUUAAUGUGGCAUCUCCUGAGUCAGGUUUUAGUGUCAGCUUGAAAGGCCCCAAAGUCAAAGGAGGUGUAGAUGUUUCAGGCGGUGUCAGUGUCCCAGAUAUCAGCCUGGGUGAAGGGCAUAUGAGUGUCAAAGGCUCUGGAGCUGAGUGGAAGGGACCCCAGGUCUCCUCCUCUCUCAACGUGGAUACAUCCAAACUUGCUGGGAACCUUCAUUUCUCAGGACCAAAGAUAGAGGGAGGCGUGAAAGGAGGUCAGGUUGGACUCCAGGGCCCUGGUCUGAGUGUAUCUGGGCCUCAAGGUCACUUGGAAAGUGGAUCUGGAAAAGUAACAUUCCCCAAGAUGAAGAUCCCCAAGUUUACCUUCUCUGGCCGUGAGCUCGUUGGCAGAGAAGUAGGUGUGGAUGUCAACUUCCCUAAGGUGGAGGCCAGUGUGCAGGCUGGUGCCAGAGAAGGCGAGUGGGAAGAGUCUGAGGUGAAACUGAAAAAAUCCAAAAUCAAAAUGCCCAAAUUCAAUUUCUCCAAACCUAAAGGAAAAGGUGGUGCCACUGGCUCGCCAGAAGCAUCCAUCUCUGGGUCCAAAGGGGACCUGAAGAGCUCAAAGGCCAGCUUGGGCUCUCUGGAGGGAGAGGCAGAAGCUGAAGUGUCUUCACCCAAAGGCAAGUUCUCCCUAUUUAAAAGUAAGAAGCCACGACCCCGCUCCAACUCCUUCGGCGACGAGAGGGAGUCCUCGGCGCCUUCCACCCCGACUGGGACUUUGGAGUUUGCAGGUGGAGAAGCUAAAGGCAAACAUGGGAAGCUGAAAUUUGGUACCUUCGGUGGGUUAGGGUCAAAGAGCAAAGGUCAUUAUGAGGUGACUGGGAGUGAUGAUGAGGCAGGCAAGUUACAAGGGAGUGGAGUGUCCUUGGCCUCAAAGAAGUCCCGACUGUCUUCUUCCUCUAGCAAUGACAGUGGGACGAAGGCUGGCAUCCAGCUUCCGGAGGUAGAGCUAUCAAUUUCCACAAAGAAAGAGUAGUGGGCUCUGUAUGUGUGUACAUAUACAUAUGUAUAAAUGCAUCAGCCUUGGGUGUGUUUGUAUAUAAACUCCAAAGAGAAACACCCCAACAGCCUCAGCAAUAAUGCAAAGAUCUUGCCUCUGCCGAUGGCAAGUGCUGACAAACCAAGGCCUCUAGGCUCCUGGGACUCUGCAGCCAGGUAAAGAGUUCUAACUAAGCUCAUCUGGCCCAUGUGCAAAGUCAACAGUACUUGCCUUAAGAUUUCAGUGUUUUGGUUUCUUUCUUUCUUUCUUUUUUUUUUUUUUUUUCCUUUUGCAUUGAAUGCUGAGAGCUCGUGUUUACCAAGCAAGCUUUUAUGUUUAUCAUCCUUACUUUCCUGAACAUUGUUAGUACCUGGGUAGUGGAAACCCACAUUUUUUUUCCAUUGUAAUGACUUUGGGGGCUUUUGUGAGUAAGGGAGGGUGGGAUAAAAGGUGGCAGAGGGGGCCAGGUCUUCAUUGCUCUGAAGGGUGGACCUGUACGAACAGCGACAUCCUGGCAUGGCCCUGAGGAGGUGAUGGCCAGCAGGUGGUGUUUCUCAACCUCUGGAGCCUGACUUUUAUCUCCAGCUGUGUUGGUCCCAGCCUAGUUUGGUGCUCAAGGUGAGAGGGGAUUUGAAUCUGCUUGCAAAUUUCCCUGCCCACCAGGUCAAUGUGAGGGCCUUCCAUUCUGGGCUUGGUAAGAAAAGUGUUCAUCCGUGAGAAAAGUUCUGCUUUCUUUUUUAACAAAUGUCAUCAUGAUUAAAGAAGUGUCUGGCACUUUAAUGUCAAAUUCAUUGAGGAUGUAAGAAAGUUAAUGCUGUUUAAGGCAAAUAAAGCUGUUUAUUAACCCUGA